AUGAAUUCCGAGAACACACAAAACGAUUCAAACAUUACGGAGCGAAAGGGAGCAAUCGAAAACCAAAAAAAAAAGGAACCGAAUGGAGUGAGCACCCCUCGGAAAAAGGUCAUUCCGCCUGCUGGCGGGGAUGGCAUUGGACAGAAGGAGAGUCGAAGAGCUGCGGAUCAGGCACAGCGGGGGGAUGGACAGCGGCCAAGGCGCGAGCCCAAGCCAAAGGAGGAAUGGGUGAAGCGAAAGGAAGAAGUGGUGGAGCCAACGAUAGAAACGGUGAAGCCAAGGGAGGGAGCAGUGAAGGCAAAGGAGGAAGCAGUGAAGCCAAGGGAGGGCGCAGUGAAGGCAAAGGAGGAAGCAGUGAAGGCAAAGGAGGAAGCAGUGAAGCCAAAGGAGGAACUAGUGAAGCCAAAGGAGGAACUAGUGAAGCCAAGGGAGGAAGCAGUGAAGCCAAAGGUGGAAUCGGUGAAACCAAAGGAGGAAGCGGUGAAACCAAAGGUAGACGUGGUGAAACCAAAGGAGGAAGCCUCCAAGCCAAAGGGGGUACCAAAACCUGACGAUGAGGCGAAAAUCCCAGACGGGUACAAUCACGACGCAACGGAGAGCAUCGAAAAUCUGUGCAAAGAAUUCGAUCUGCCGGACCUGAGUUCAGGGCUAACAACAGAGCAAGUAAAAAUAAACAGAGAAAAAUAUGGAGAAAAUUACAUCCAAAAGGACGACGCAAUGCCACUGUGGUUGAUUUUCUUGUCCCAGUAUUGCAGCCCUGUGGUGAUGCUACUCCUCGUUGCAUCGCUAGCGAGUUUCAUCCUGAACGAAAUUGUAGAAGCAGUUGCGAUUGUCAGCAUCGUUACGUUCAAUGCCUGUCUAGCUACUUAUAUGGAAAAAUCCUCCGGCGACGCAAUCGCUAAGUUGGCAGAAAUGGCAUCGCCCCAAUGCACCGUUUUACGAGAUGGGCAGAAAGUGGUAAUCCCCUCCAGGGAAGUAGUGGUCGGUGAUGUGGUCGUGAUAAACACAGGAGACUCAAUCUCAGCAGAUUUAAGACUCAUUGAAGUGAUAGAACUGAAAACGAAUGAAAGUUUGCUAACAGGAGAGUCGGAAGAUGUAAAGAAGACGUUAACAUCAGAUGAUUACACCACCCCUUUUGCGACGAACUUAUGUUUCGCCACCACAUCUGUCACAAACGGUUCGGGUAAAGGAAUCGUUACCGCCACGGGAUUAAAUACUCAGGUCGGGAAAAUCGCCUCUCAAUUGAAAAGGUCCAGUAAGGGAAGUAAAUUGACCCCAUUGCAAGUAGCAUUAAAUAAGCUAGGAGGACUCAUAGGUCUUAUUGCCAUCAUCGUCUUGAUAUUCAUCAUAACGUUAGCUAUCCUGAUUAAUUAUAGAGAUCCAGCACAUGCCGAUAAGGACCCUAUCCUUGUCAUAAUAGUAAUUGGAGUAGGAUUUGCCGUUUCCUCCGUUCCAGAAGGAUUGCCAAUGGUUGUCACGAUAACACUUUCUGCUGGGGCUAAGGAUAUGGUUCGAAAAAAUGCCAAUGUGCGUAAGUUACCCGCGGUAGAGACCCUAGGAUGCUGUUCAGUCAUCUGCUCCGACAAAACGGGAACACUCACGGAAGGAAAAAUGACAGCCAUAAACGCAGUAACGUUUGCAAAGAACUCGAAUCUAAGUGAUGAAAAUAAUAUGUUGACUAAGACGUUUGACUUUUAUCCUACGAAGGGGUUCGAACCUUAUGGUGGAUUAUUCGAUUCAACUAAGUUAACAAAUGAAUUAAAAAAAAAAAUUGUCCUCGCGAAGAAUCAGAGGAUAUCUUAUGAUUCGAUCCUGUACAAUUAUGGCAAUCCAGAAAAUGAUUCCAUAGAUGUGAAGAGGACAACAUCUCUCAUGUUUGCUGCUUAUCUGAACUCUUACGAUACUACCCUGGCUAGAGAUCCUAAGACGUCCAAGUGGACCAUUCAUGGAAACAUGAGUGAAGGGCCCAUAGUAGUCGCUGCAGCCAAGGCUGGCUAUAAUUUCAUUACAAACGAUAGUCACCACUCCCACAUCAAGGAGUAUAUCCGAUUGGACGAUUUGGAGGUCACCUUUAACUCCUCGAGAAAAAUGAAAAUCACCUUUUACAAGCUGAGGAAAGAAGACACAUUUGAGUCACUCCAUCUGCAGAAAGAGGAGAAGAAGUUUACCCACAUCGCGCUGAUCAAGGGUGCCCCGGAUAAGCUACUCGAUGGAAGCACUCACCUCUUGGAAGACACUCCCAAAGGACCGCAAAUCUGCUGGAGGGUCCAAAUUAGCAAAAACGAGAAGGACGUAUUGGCUCAGAAAAAUUUGGAACUGUCGCAGAAGGCCUUGCGAGUCCUCGCUGUUUGCAUUAAACCUCUAACCAGUGAAAACAUUGCCAUGCUGAAAAAGUUAGAAGAUGCGGAUGAGCGAUUGAAAUUUGUCACGACCGAUAAGGAGAACGGAUUCGUCCCCCUGGGAUACAUCGCCGCGUUCGACCCCCCGAGACCUGGAGUGAAGGAAGCCAUCGAGACCUGCAGAGAGGCACAAGUGAAAGUCAUCAUGAUCACGGGGGAUCAGAAGCCUACCGCAAUUGCGAUUGGGAAGCUCAUCGGCUUGAUAGGGGAGGAGAAGGGACACCAUACGUGCGAGGAAGCCCAGACCGAGGCGACAGGCCAAGCAGAUUUCUCCACACCGAACGUGCAGGCUAUCGAAUGCUCCGAGCUGCACAUUAACAAGAACCCCAACGAACCCAUCCUUCCAGACGACCAGUUGGAUGCAUUCACAGAUAAGAUACUGAUCUAUUCGCGGGCCCAGCCGGAGGACAAAAUCACCAUCGUUCAGUCCCUGAAGAGGAAAGGCUACCUAGUCGCAAUGACAGGAGAUGGAGUGAACGACGCUCCCGCUUUGAAAGCAGCCGAUAUAGGAGUCGCCAUGGGAAUCAAUGGAACAGAGGUCGCCAAAGGUGCAUCGGAGAUGAUUCUAAUCGAUGACAAUUUCUGCACCGUUGUUAGCGCCAUCGAUGUCGGAAGGACCAUUUUCUCCAAUAUACAGAAAUUUGUCUGCUUCUUACUCGGUACGAACAUUGGAGAAAUACUUUACCUGUCCGUCGCCAUCCUAGCACAGAUGCCCUUCCCAUUAGAAGCACUUCAAAUCUUAUUCCUAAAUUUAAUGACAGAUGGAUGUCCAGCAGUAGCUUUAUCGAGGGAGCCCCCCAACCGAGACAAUAUGAAAACACCUCCCAGACCAAAGAAGCAGCCCAUAAUGACGAAGAAGUGGUGGUUCUAUGGAAUCAUCCCCCAUACCAUUUUCGAAGCAUUAUGUGUCCUUCUCUCAUUAGCAUUCUCACUAUACAUCUGCACUGGGAGCUACACCCUAAAUGAUAUCCACAAUUCCUGUCGAACCGUUACCCUCCCUGAUGAGUCAGACGUAAGCAUCAAACAUGAGUACAAAUAUUUUUGCAGUACCUAUGAGUAUAGAAUCUCCCCAGAUUACGUCGGAUGGAUUACCAAUGUGAAUUUUUGGCAUCCUAAGAAGAAAGAAGCAGUUACAUUUUGGGGAGCAGCAAAAGGGAAAGUAAAAGAUAUAACUCCAACGUCGAUGGAAGUACAUCCAGAUAUACGAACCAUAAUGGAGGAAGGGUGUCCAGACGAUUUAGAAGAAGAUGAUUAUGGAUGGUGUAAACCAAAGGAAGGUACUUCUGUGAAGGGAAAGGACGACAAGAUUGAUGGAGUGUUUCGGAAAAAUUUUGAAGAUGUUGCUUCUAAGGGGUCCAAGAAAGGUAGGACGAUGGCAUUUAUUUCUGCCGUCUGGUGUGAAAUGCUCAGAGCUUAUACUGUCCGAAGUUGGGAGCCUUUUUACAAAGUGUUUAAUAGGAACAUGUGGAUGCAUCUGGCAUGUAGCAUUUCGGCUACCAUGACAUUCUUGGCUACCUGCCUUCCGGGAAUCACCUCCGUGCUGAACACAACUUGCAUGCUCUGGUGGCAGUACCUCUUCGGCAUUUCCUGGGCUAUGCUCAACCUGGUGCUGGAUGAGGUGGUGCCCAAGUUCCUCUACCGCAGGAGGUACAUGUCGGUGAGGAAGUGA